UUUCAAAUCGGAAAUAAAUAAGUGAGGGACCAGUGGACCCAGCGAGGAACAGCUGAGUACUGUACAGCCAUAAUAACACAUAUGUUUGGCUUUUCCUACUUUCUACGGGGAAAUUUAAGAAUUCUACGCUGAUGUAAUGAAAAUGACAAAGUGACAUUACCUCGGAGACACACGAGCUUAUUUGUUUGAAGAUGUUUGCUCGACCAUUUCGUGUCAAGUCCAAUACCGCAAUAAAAGGAUCAGACAGGUGAGUCACAGCUGCUGCCUGCUUCUGUUUCAGUCCAGACUUGUGCUUUUCGCCAUCUAAACACGGUCGCUGUUACGUUACAUGUAAAUAUGCCGCAGCCAAUAAAGAAAAACAAACAUAUUAAACGGUGGUCUGUUAGAAAGAAAUGUAAGACUUUACUCUUUAGACUUUACAUUCAAGUCAAAAAUCAAUAAUGCCUCUUUAAGGCCUCAUAGAUUUAAAUAGCAACUCUAAAAAGGGCCAAAUUAACUCUAGAAAUGUAUAUACAGUAUGUAUAAAUAAAUACAUGUACCCUAUAAGAGCAUAUAUUUUAAAUAUCACUAAUCUGACACUAUCAAAUGACUGAUGAUUUUUGGUUUUAUUCUGUUUUUCUUGAAUUCAGGAGAAAGCUCAAAGCGGACAUAUCUGCAGCCUUUCCGUCACUGUCUGCUGAUGAGUUAUCCGAGCUGGUCCCCAACAAGGAGGAACUGAAUGUAGUGAAGAUUUACGCCCAUAAGGGAGAUGCUGUGACACUUUAUGUUCUUCAAAAAAACCCGCUGUUCUUUGAACUGGAGAAACGACUUUACCCGACUGGUAAUUAUCUGAGUAAGAUCACUUACCGCAAGCACAUUUGUGUGACUUACUGACUGUAUUUUGAUGUUAUAUUUUCAGUGUACGUGCUUUGGCGUUAUCCUAAUCUCCUGCCAGCAUUCAGGACAUGGCCCCCUGUGCUUCAGAAAUUGAUUGGAGGAGCAGGUAUGCUUAUUUAAAAAGAAAAAUGAAGCUCAAUACUGUACAUUUGAACUGAUAUUAGUUGACAUGUACCUAAAUUGCUCAAAAGAUCUCAUGCUUCCGGGUGUGGUGGUGCCAUCAAGUGGUCUCCCAGAUGUGAAACGGGGUGACUGCUGUGCUGUUACAGUUGUAAACAAUAGGUAAGUAAUUGUAAGAGAUUUGUUAAGAUUUCAGACAUGAUCCUCGCAGAUUUAAGACUGUUUCUCUGGUGGAUUGCAGAGCUCCCGUUGCAGUUGGCACUGCGGCUCUGUCUCGUGGAGAUAUGCAGAGUGCUGGUAUGAAAGGGAGAGGAGUGUGUGUUCUCCACACAUAUAUGGAUAAUCUCUGGUGAGUAGCUCUCAUCUCUCUGCAGAAUAACUUCCUUCUUUUUCUCUUUUUCCAACUUUUUUUGCAGAGUAUAGAAGGCAAAAAUACCUUUCUUGUGUUUGUCCCUAAAGAGUCUGACCCAAAAGACAUUCGUUACAGUGGGCUAUGAAGGUGAAACAACUAUACUAAAGCUUACUGACUUGCCUCGUGUAUUUCCCCUUUUUGGUAUCUCAUAAAUACUUUAAAGUAAUAGCAUCUACUGAUGAUUUUCUUGAUCCGAAGUUAACUGCCAAGCAACCUCAAACUGACAGGACACGAGGAAGUCAAUUUGCCUGCCUUAGAAAGACAACCAAGAUAAUUUAGUGCACAUGAGAGUUGUUUCUUGCAUUUUGUUUGUGCUUUGUUAUGCUAAAAAGCUGCUUGCUUUGGUGGUUCAAAGUCAAGUAAGAUAAAACAGUAAUGUCUUCAAGUCAGUGGCCAAAAUAAUCCACUCCUUUAUAUAUUUGUUUUCAGUUUGCUCUUUCUUAAACCUUAUCAACAUUAUGUCAAAUGCAGAGCUGAUUCUGACUGUUUACAUACCUCAAAGCUUUAUCUAUGAUUCAAUGUUCUGACCUUUCAAGUGCGUUCUCUUCAUGCACUUUUUAGGGCGCACGGGGACAGGUCAAACCCUCCCUCUUUACCAGACACAGAGAGCGAUGGAUUAGUCUUAAGUGAAGAGGGAGGUGAGGUUGAUGAAGAAGAGGAGGAAGAAGUCGAGAGGUGCGUGGAGGGGGAGCGGAGUCCUGUUAAAACAGUUACUGAUCAGGCCUGUUCUGGCAUUGAGGAGCUGAGUCUGGCUGAGGAGCAAGAGGAGGAGGAGGAGGAGGAAGAGGAGAAGGGUGAAAGGGACAACGAGGAAGAUGAGAGAAACAAGAAUGAUCAGAAAAUGCCACAAGGUAUUAAAACUAGCCACAUCAUUGAAGUCAAAAUAUUGGAUUUAACCAAAAACUUAAACUGUUAAAGAUGUAGAUUUUCCAUUUAAGUAUAUCUUCUUUUGUCACAGUUUAACACAGGCUCAGCUUUUAAUAAAAUUCAGCUUUAAUGAGUUCGGUUAUCUCGGAGUCAAAUCAAAUAAAGACAUCCUCUACUAAGUCAUUGCAGAGCUGGAUCAGUGGUUACUUGGUUGUUCUUUCCUGUGACCUUCUAGUUGUGCUUGGAUUAAUUUUUGAUGUGGCAAGUUUGGGAUUUCUAAGUGAAAAGGAGAUGUGACCUGGGUCAUACUUUGAUUUCACAGAGAUAAUGGACGCUCUGCUGUUGCAGUGUUUCCUCCACGCUCUCAAGAGCAAGGUGAAGAAGUCAGAGCUCCCUCUGCUGACCAGUACAUUUCUUCGCAACCACAUGUUCUCCUGCUGGUAAAGAAAUCUUUAUCCUUUAAGAAAUGCUAAAGCAGCACAUGUUACGUAUCGAAAGCAUCUUAUGACAUCUUGUCUUGCAGCCCAAAUGGAAAACAACUUGAUAUUAAGAAGUCCAGCUAUAAAAAGGUAUAUCAGAUGUUCAGAAUGUGACAUUUCACACACAUAAAUAGCGAAAUUUACAAUGGGAUAAGUAGCUUUAACCAAGUGUUUUUUUUUUUUUUUUCUCAAACAGCUCUCCAAGUUUCUGCAGGCAAUGCAGCAGAAGCAUAAUCUUGUUCGAGUAAAAGAACUGACCAAGGGAGUGGAGAGCAUAGUGGAAGUGGACUGGAAAAAUCCAGAGUGAGCCAAGCCCUUCCUCAACUUAAAGAAAUUCUUGGUUUGGAUUCAAAAAAUUCACAGCCCGCCCAGAUUUAGCUCUUUUUAUUGCAUUAACUCUUCACAGACUGCGCUCCUUCAGUGUCCCAGAGGAGUCGGAUGUGGAAUCAUCUACAGUCCAGGAUGGAGGGGAAGGGGAAACUCCAUACCAUCCUCCUGAGAUCACGACUCUGUACUCUGUGCCAGCUCAACUGGAGCCUCUCUUCCUGGAUGCAAACAAGAGGUGUGCGUGUGUGCAUGCGCGCAUGUGUGCGUGUGUGUGUUUUCCUAACCCUGGCUCUUGAUGAAUCCACAUGUUUGCUCGGAUCAGACAGCAGGGGAACAUAGCAGGGAGAGUUGAAACUUCCAAGCAUCCACGAGUUGCUAGAAGACACUAAAUCCCCAGCAGCUCCAGGAGCUCUGUUAUGUAUCUGAACUCGACUUCUGACCUCAUUGGGAAGAAAUUAGACGAUAUUCUCACGGCACAAGUCACUCAAGUCUUAACCUCAGGAUGUCUUUCAUCAACCCACUCAUUUUACCAUUUUUAUUGUCGGGUCUCUUCUGUUUUAUGAAUAAAAAUUUAUGUUUUGGACACAUCAUACGCUUUAAUUAUCACUUUAAAGCUCGAGUCUUUGAUGAAACUUUGUGAUGUUACGCUCUGUGGGAUUAGUCACAGGAAGUAGUGUGUAGUUCAUUGACUCAUUUGGAUUUACAGGUCUCUUUUAGAGCCCAUCCUGAUGAGUCAUGGUUAAAACAAAAGCACAAGUUUAUGUUUUUUAUUACCUUUGCAUGUGAAAUGGUAUUUCUUUUUCACACAUUUACCACGGUAACUUUUCCAGUCAGUAUAUCUGUCGCUCCAUACUUUAAAUCACCUUGGGAUCACACUGUAGUAUAAGCUUAUUUUCCCACCCAGAACAUCUCGGCGAAGAAUUCAAAGUGCUCACCACCCCCAUCUUCGGUUCUACCAAGGCUUAAUUCGAUCCAUGACACUGUUGUUCUUCCCUUGUUUGUCUCCAUGCUGUCUGGCUAAAGCAGGAACAAUUUGUGCUCUAUCACACACUCUGCUUCCAUCAUAAGUAGUCUACCAACCCCCAAACUCUCAGAUCUCAGUAACCCAGACUGCUUCUAUGGGAAAUUAGAUUAAAAUACUUGACCACCAGUUUUGUUCCCACUACUAUAGAAGCUUGAAAAUCCCAUCUCCACACUGUCUUCUGUCUAAUUUACUUCUGUAGCAUGGCCUCAAAGACGAGCGUACUUAACACAAAACGUCUGCUCUUAUGAAACACAGCUGAAGUUCAUUGUCUAGACAAUCCUGAGACACCAUGUUAGCAGUUAAACUUGAAUUGAGUGUACCUGCAGAACCAUGUGUUUUCUAUCAAGUUAGGUAGCUCUUUUGAGGACUUGUUAUCUUUCUUUGAUGGUGGAGAAAGCACAAACACUUUCAUGAAUUAUCAUUGUUUCAGGUGUUUUCAGUGCCACUUUGAUAGAACCAUCCACUUUAAGCCUCUGCACAUGGGUUGCAAGUUUUAACCUCUUAGCAAAACCAGUGCUUCUCAAAUACAUGUUAUACUUAUUACUUUUGAUAAUAAUAAUUGUGGACUUUUAGUGAAGUAUCUGUCUGGUUUUGUUUGCUGCAAAUUUCCAGUUAGAGGCACUGAGAAUUUGUUUUUGCCAGUAGCGCACGGAAGAAAGAUCAUUUGGUUUUGUUGUUGAUUUAAAGAUUGCCCACGUACACUGCAUGUCUUUGUUUUUCAGAUUCGCAACAUUUAAUUCAUUAAGAUUUUAAAACCAUUGAGAAUGCAAAGCUUAUCAUGCCUCAAUAUGUUUUUUUUAUUAAUUGAAUCUAAUACUUGUUGUGUGUCUCCACAGGAAAGGAACAAUGCUGCAUCCUGCUGAAGUGAGAAACAUUGUCACUGAAUAUGUGAAGAAGAAUGAACUGGUUGAUGAAAAUAACAAGAAGUAAGUAACUGCGACUCGUGUCCAAGAAGAAAUCUGGGAUCUGUAGAUUGUCCCAUUUGACCCCAAACAAAACACAACUGAUAGUCAUUGUUCCUGGCACCAGAGUAAAUGGAUGAAUUUCCAUUUCACAGUCGAAGCCUUCUUGCUAGUCAGCUGACAUGAGACGAGGGAGUCACCAAACAACACAGAGGGCACAAAGUUCAAUUUGGCUUUGAAGGUGACCAGCGGUUCUUUUUUAAGUGGGUGCAGUUAUAAAAAGGCCGCCUUAAAGCCCACUGAGCAAAUACAGCGCUGACCCCAGACCAUGUGAUGUGAUAUAAUUGGUUAAAAUGCUAAAAUGUGACUCUCAUGUUUCUUUUUAGGUCAUGACAAUCGUGCAUGUUCUUAUGUGAAACUAAUUGAUAUUGACUGAUUGGAGAGAUUGAAUCAAAUCUGCCCUCCAACAUGAAGGCGGGUUUGAUUAAAUUCUCUAUGUUCCACUGCGGCAUGUUCCCUGUUGUGUGACGUAAAAUCUUCUGUUGUGUUUUUUUUUUUUUUAACUCUCUUUUUUUAAUCACAAGUAGCUUCAAUGUAUUUUCUCAUCUCGACAGUUUUGUAACCAUAAAUCCAACUCUGUGCGACUGCUUGCUGGAGAAAUCUGAGUACCAGGAGAUCGAGUCUCUCAAGUGGGAUGACCUCUUCAGCAGGUAAAGCCUUUUUUUAAACUUGUUUUCCAAGCACCAAUAAAAAAUAUUAACUUAAAAUGCUGCAUUUUAAUUUAUUAAACCCACAUGUUUUUCUUUGCUUUUCUUUUGCAUGCUACAAUAUUAGAAUAUAUCUCAAUAAUCAUAAUAAGCAACUCUUAUCCUGUGUCAGUGUGUGCAGUUUAGGCCUUCUUAUUGCUACGCAUGCAUGCAAGUAUACUGAUUUAGCAUCUGAAUAACAAUCAGUUUUCAAAGUAAAUAAAUCUUAAUGGAAAAAUAUUAAAGCUGCUCUUACCCUGAUGCUCUGAACAGCUGGUUUGUGACUGCUUUAAAAAAGAAAAGGAUACAGUAUUAAAGAAAGGCAGCCCAUGGGUGUUUUCAGUUACUUUAACUUUGAUCGUACUUGGUCUGUUCAGUGUCGAGGCAAAGUGACUGAUACCUCAGAGACCCACUUAUAUUUUUAAGGGUAAUUUGAUCAAUAUGUGUGCUUCUUCUGAGAUUAAUGCUUUUUGAUUGUAACUGGUUCACUUCAUUGUGCACAGUUGUGUCAGAAGUACCAGAAGUACUCAAAUUUAAGUGGAGAUCAUUUUCAUCAGAAAAAAGGAAGAAUCACAGUAAUAAACAACAGUUAUGGGGAAUAUUCUAGUGUCUUACUCUUUGGAUGGAUGGAUGGAUGGAUGGAUGGAUGGAUGGAUGGAUGGAUGGAUGGAUGGAUGGAUGGAUGGAUGGAUGGAUGGUCGGGUACUGAAUGGAUGGAUGGAUGUAUGGUCGGGUACUGAAUGGAUGGAUGGAUGGAUGAUCGGGUACUGGAUGGAAGGAUAAAUGGAUGGUCAGGUACUGGAUGGAUAGAUGGUUGGGUACUGGAUGGAUGGAUGGUUGGAUGUUAGGGUGCUGGAUGGAUGGAUGGUUGAUUCUGGAUGGAUAGAUGGAUGGUGGGGUACUAGAUGGAAGGAUGGUCGGGUACUGGAUGGAUGGAUGGAUGGUCGGGUUGGAUGUUAGGGUGGUGGAUGGAUGGACGGUUGAUUCUGGAUGGAUAGAUGGAUGGUUGGGUACUGGAUGGACGGAUAGAUCGAUGGGUGAUUCUGGAUGGUUAGGUACUGGAUGGUCGGGUACUAGAUGGAUGGAUGGUUGGUCGGGUUCUGGAUGGAUGGAAGGAUGGUCGGGUACUGGAUGGAUGGAUGGUUGGAUGGAUGGUUGAUUCUGGAUGGAUGGUCAGGUACUGGAUGGAUGGAUGGUUGAUUCUGGAUGGGUAGAUGGAUGGUCAGGUACUGGAUGGUCGGUUACUAGAUGGAUGGAAGGAUGCUCGGGUACUGGAUGGAAGGAAGGAUGGAUGGAUGGAUGGUCAGGUACUGGAUGAAUGGAUGGAUGGAUGGUUGGGUACUAGAUAGAUUGAAGGAUGGUCGGUUACUGGAUGGAUGGAUGGAUGGAUGGAUGGUCGGGUACUGGAUGGAUGGAUGGUCGGGUACUGGAUGGAUGGAUGGAUGGAUGGUUGGGUAUUAGAUGGAUGGACAGAUAGAAUCUGAUUAACAGUUUGAUUACUGUACGCAGAGUAGAUGUAGAAUAACUCAGUAGGUGUUUUAGCUGAUCUAGAACAAAUAUUUUACACAUUUCCUCUCAAUCUUUUCACUUUUCUGCUGAUUUAUGCAUGACUUCUCCAUCUUUACAGAGCUUUGGGAAGAAUGCACCAGUGCUACGAAGUCGUAUUCCCCGGACAGGCACCCAUUAGAAAGAAAGGCCAUGUUGAGCCCAUAGACAUAUCGGUGGCCUCUCGAGGCUCCAAUAAAAAGGUAUAAAUCUUCUGCUGCAACCCUUCAAAUUCCAAGCUGUUGGUCCGCCUACUCUACGCCAAAUUUAUUUAUGAGUUUCACAAGAUAAAGAGUGAAAGUGCAAGUCUGUAGAGCUGCUCACAGUUGAUAUACACUAACAGUAUGCUCACUUCAUAAUGAGAUGAUCAUGAAAGAACUUUAAAACUGCCCUACUUCUGAUGAGGCAAAAAAUCUAAAAAAUGGUGAGUUGACUGAUAUAGACAGAGAGCUGAUGUUCAUCUUUUAGCAAUAAACCUGUCAGCGCUCUCUGUUAAGUAACAGACACACUGUUUCUACAUGGCAUCAACUCCAGACCUCUGCCAUGUCUGUACUACAUGUUAUCUGACAUGCAUAGAGCACAGGUCAGCACUAAGCUCAUAUCAGUUCAUUUGUCAGCCAAGCUACUUAGUGCUCUGGCUCCAAUAGUUUCCAUAUGCUUCCUGUAGGUCACCGUGAUAAAGAACCUAGAAGUGUAUGGUUUGGAUCCUGCAGUUGUGGCCACUGCUUUGCAGCACAGAGUCCAGGCCAGCUCUGUCUUACAGCCAGUCCCUGGGUCCAAGGACAAAGUCCUGGUCCAAAUACAAGGCAACCAGAUUCAUCAAGUUGGAAAUUUACUUUUAGGUUUGUACCUUUUACUAUGACAUUCAGUAUCUUUCAAAUUGUUUACAUCAGUGUCUUAACUUGUACAUAUUUUGUUUUUGAUUUCAGAUCAUUAUCGAAUUCCUCGAAAGUACAUUCAAGGAUUAGAUAAAGCUCCAAAAGGUGGCAAGAAGAAAUAACAUUUCAACCUGGUAAAAUUGACUGUCCUUAAAGCUGUUUCACUGUAACACAAAAACAAAAACAAGCUGUUUGUGUAAUAAAGUUGAUUUACUGUCACCUUCUGAUGGUAGAAGGCGUCUUUGUUGGUGAUUUAUAAUCCGAGAGGUUUUCAAAGUUAAGGUCCUGAUUCAUUAAAGGUUAUGUUUUUGUCUCUGUGUGGAGAACUUACUUUCUGCCUUCAUAAUGUAAAGGACUUUAAACCUGAAGGAGAAACAAUCCUAAAAUUUUGCAUUUUCAGCAGUAAACACGGUGAGACAGGGGCAGGGUUAUGGUUUGGCAUGUUGGUAACUCGGUUGGCAAUUAGGGGAAAAUUCAGGUCUUGUUGAGUCCAGAUACAUUGGGUUGUUUCAACACGUAUUUUUUUUUUUUUUUUUUUAAGUGAAAAAAUUCAGUUCAAACAAACCUGCAGUUUAUGGGAUAGUAGAAAAAAAUUAAGAAAAAACACAGGAAUUUACCACACCAAAAGAAAAAACCUUUCUCCUGCUGUCUUUCUUGUGCCUACCCAUAUUUCUUCAUUUUAAUUAGCUCUUUAAGAGAUUGGCAUAAAUGUAACUAAGGCUGUGUGCAAUUAUGCAGCCUCAGCUAUGUUGGGGUUGAGUCUCUGCCAUGAACGGUUUAAUGUCUCAUCUGCAAACCUGCAUUCAUGCCUAUUUACCUCGUUUUUUUAGGAUUAUAAUGAAAGAUGGAGUUUCCACUGUG